CUCUGACAAGAGGUCUUAUCAACCAAGAUAUUCGACAAAAUGGACAAGAUAGUAUGUUCAUAAUCUCGGAAAAGAACUGCGAGAUAUUGAGUUUCAAAAAAAAAAAAAAAAAACUGCGAGAUAAUUAAGUUAUACUUAAUCCUCUAUGUGUUUCAAAUAACCAUCUAUACAUUGUAUACUAGACUUGUCUGAUUUCUUGCAUUAUACAGUUACUGUCAAAAACAUCAAAAUCCAAAUUACAUAAAUUGUUAUUUAUCAAGUUAUUGAUUUCAAUGUCACUCUUACAAAAUCUGAAUUACGGAUUCCUUGUUUCAUCGUGAAUUUUAUACUGUCACAUAUGUGAGUUUUUCAUAUGUCAUGGUUAAACGUUUUUAAAAAAUAGCCAAGUGGAUUUUUUUUUAAAUUAAUAUGUGAAUAAUGAAGAUAAAAAUUUAAAAUGUGAUCAUUUUUUUUUGUAGAAGAUAUUAUAAAGUAUACCAGGCCUACAUAAUUCAUAUAUAUGUGUGUGUGUGUUUGGAUUGUACCUAGGGACCACAAUUUAUGUAUAAAUAAGUCAUUUUCUUAACCAAUCAAUUUUGUUUGGCACUUCAAGAGUUCUUAUAUAUUUUAUCAAAAAAAAGAGUUCUUAUAUUUUUAUAGUAAGUUCCUCUAAUAUCUCUUUUACAGUUAAUCAAUAUAGUUUUAAAUGAUUGACAAAUAAAGAAGACUAAUUAAUUGCUGUCAAAAAAAGAGAAGACUAAUUAACUACGUCUCUAAUACAUCGUUACAUUGACUUGUGACGGAAACCUGCUAGUCAGAACAUAUGGCCAAAAAAACUGUAAAUUACAGUAUCAUUCUAAAGUUACCGGUCUAAAUAUAUAACUAAAUGAUUGUGGUCUAGUAGUGACAUUCCAUAAUAUUGUAGAUGUUUUAACGGCAAAAAUGUCUGAAAAUUUUGUGAAACAUAGGAAUUAGUUAGUAUGGAUUUGGACCAGUGUUUAUUGGGUUAAAAAGUAUAAAUGUCAUUUCUAUGGUUUUCAAACUAAAGACUUCUAAGCCUCACUUGUUAACCUUCAAAUAUCCUUUAUCAUCUUUCUCCAUCUGCACUCUCGAUGCUACUAUCUCUGUAUAAUGUAAUGUCGUCGCCUCCAAGUUACCACACAAAAGUCUUAUGCAAAUAUCGUGUGAUCGUAGGCGUGGCCGUGAUCUUCUUCGUGCUCGUCUUCUUCAACCAAACAUACCUCAAUUCACAAUCUUUCGAUAGUAACAUUUUCACCAUAAAGUAUCAACAGAGACUCGUGGAGCCUAAAGAGACGGCCACAAACUUGAGCCAUUUGAUGUUCGUUCUGGUUGGGGGCUCAAGUACGUGGAGGGAUCGAAAAGUGUACGUAGAAUCAUGGUGGAGACCAAACAAGACACGCGGUUAUAUCUUCUUUGACGUGGAGCCGUCGGAAGAGUUCCAGCCUUGGUCUCGGGCCUUGCCGCCGUUAAAAGUCAACGAAGACCUCAAGAAACUGAAGAUUUACCCGAGGCUUAGAAACCGAAUCCACACUCGGAUCUAUAGGUCCAUUCUUGAGAAUUACAGGCUUAAACAAGACGAGGAUGUGAGAUGGUAUGUGACAGGUGAUGAUGACAGUGUUUUCUUCGUAGACAACAUGGUGGAUGUGUUGUCAAAAUAUGAUCACAGGGAAAAACAUUACAUUGGAAUGUUCUCGGAGACGAUAAAGUCAAAUUUUUACUUCUCGUUUGACAUGGCGUUUGGAGGAGGAGGAUAUGCUCUAAGUUAUCCCCUAGUGGAGGCUUUAGUGGAAGAAUUGGAUAAUUGUAUUGAGAGGUACUAUUACAUUUGGGGAGUGGAUCAUUUACAAAGUAUGUGUUUGGCUGAUUUGGGCGUUGAUCUUAGCCUCGAUAAAGGAUUUCACCAGCUGGAUCUACGCGGUGACUUAUCAGGCUUCCUCUCGUCUCAUCCAACGGCUCCUCUUGUCAGCUUCCACCACUUCGGAUCCCUCGAACCAAUUUUCCCGAGCAUGGACCAUCCUGGCUCAGUACGUCACAUCAUGAAAGCGGCCAACGUUGACCAAACACGGAUCGUCCAACAGUCGAUCUGCCACGUCAGAGCCACUAGCUGGACCUUCUCGGUCUCGUGGGGAUACUCUGUGCAUAUCUAUGAGAAGAUAUUCGCACGCAGCUACUUGAAGCGUCCUAUAGAGACAUUCCGUCCUUGGCUUCGAGGACGGCCUCCUUUAUACAUGUUUAACACGAGACGGGUGUCUAGAAAUCCAUGUGAAGCUCCGCACUGGUUCUUCUUCGAUUCGAUUGAACAAGAGAACGAUGGAGUUGUUACUUCCUACACAAGGAAGUUUCCUAGAAACAUGACUUCUUGCUCCUUCUUUGGUAAUACUUCUGCGGAUCCUCUUGCUUCUAUCCGUGUCUUCUCUCCCAAAACUCCCAAACCGGGGAGAAAAGUGGAAUGUUGCGACGUGGGAUAUGAAGGUGCAGAUGUUGCAAACAUAAGGCUUCGAGAUUGUAGGAGACACGAAAUCAUCGCCUAAUGAAAAACGGAAAGCACGAAUUAAUAUUUGGUUAUAUUUGUAGUUUUCAAUCUUUUAUCUGAUUACAUUUAGUUCCUAAGCUUUUUUAAUAUUAUUGAAAAGGACACCAAUUUAAAAGGUCAAAAAGUAAUAGUAUGUAUGUGCCAACAUGUAAUGAUAUAUUCUCUAAAAAAAACA